AUGGUAGCAGCAUCUCGACGUGUAGGCUCUACGAGUCAUGUAUGGGGCUAUGUGAUCGUAUUAAUAGCAAGUUGUGCCUUUAUUUUCUCCAUGUACGUGAUGGUUUUCUCCAAGCUUCUCCUACUGCUGUCAGAGGUCUUUGUACCAGCAGCUCAGGAAACUGAUCAUUUGGCGACAAGCCGAAGCUCAGAACAAGAAGCAGAGAGAUUCAGUCUGUUGCUUGCUGUCUCAAAAGACGUGUACUACUGUUAUCUAGUGCCACUUACAAUUCCCGUGACCAUGUUCGCCUGUUAUACCAAUUGGGUCAGUCUCAAGUUCUUCCGCCAUAAUUAA